AUGGAGAACAAGUUCAGCGUCUCGGCAUUAAGUACCGUUGGGAACCCAAAAGUUGUCGCUGCAAACCUGCUGCUGCUUGUGGAAGGUGUGGACUACGCCGGCGUGCUUCCGCGGAAUGUGUUUGAUUACGGGCUGCAUCGCAGAUUUCCGAAGCAGACCGUCUACUCCGUGCACGUGUAUGCCUUCCAUUCGAGCUGGUACGUCGGCCACCACGGGUUGACCUGGGACCGGAACAACGCCGAUGGAAAGCCACUCGUUACCUACAACGACUACCGUCGGGAAAUGGAGUACUACAGGGGGUUCGUGGCAGAGACGAGCCCGGUCUGGAUCGGGGAGUUUGGUUUCGGACUCGACAAGGACUACGGGGGCGUCGACAAUUCCGACCAGUUUCACCCCUGGUUUUUGUACGUGAGCAGCUUUAUCGCGGAAAAGAGGCUUCACUACUGCUACUGGCAAGCUUCACCAGCGAGAGAAGGCGAGUUCAAACCCUGGCAAGAUUUUAAUCUGAAUUUCGACGCCGACGAGUCCUACGGGCUGUUCACAAAAAACAACCGCACCGCCGAGUUCGCGAGUACGAUGUUCAAGUACCUGAGUCACAUGCUUCCCUGCGACACCUGCGACGCGGAUCGGGCAUUUGCGGUGGGGCAAAGCGCCAAGUACGUGGCAGAGAACCUCUUGCAGCAAACUCAGAACAGCGAUCACCUGUGGUACGCCAGUAGGCUCCUGCCGGCGCUGUUGCAGAUCGAGCAGGAUGCGGGCAACAACAUCCGCUACUCCAAGCCGGACCGCCUCGAUCGCAACACGGAGAAAAGCAUGAACCGCAUGGAGUACAGCAAGUUUGGGUCCCUGAUCAAGUUGGAAGACGGAACCGCGGAAGACGAGAAGUCGUUACCUAUGCGUGGUGAUCAUGGCGCGGGUGACAAAUUUUUACGGCUGCAGAGGCAAGACAUUAGCGACGGCAACGCGGUUUUGUUUCGCGUGAAGCCUUAUGCGAUUCAAAUAUGUCUGGGUCGCGAAAUAAAUUGCGAAAUAAAUUGUGAAUGAUGCAUGUAAGUGAGUAGGUAAUCACAAUGUAAUGCUACAACUUCAUGCAUGCCGAUUUUAUCGUGGCUCUUUGUUGUGUAUUCCCCAUGAGAAGCUGCUUUUUUCUUUUUGCUCUUGUUCGUGGGCACGCAAUACUACAGAGUGAGAGUUAAGAGUCGAUAUGCCAGACUAUCAUUGCUAAUCUCGCUAUCUUCCAGACACAGACAUAUUUACCUUGGAUGAACCUGUGGACGGCGACGAGGACGCCUUUCCGAUCAAGAGCUGUCGACAUUACCCACGAGGGACGCAGCUAUCUUCUGUAGUAAAUUUGUUUCCGUAGGCGACGACGGACUCGGACGCAGACGUACACAGGCUCUCCAUGCAUGACAAAUUCUGCAGCAUUCCCGCCCAAGAACCUUCUUCAACAGGACAAGUUAGCACAUGCGGUAAAGGUCGGGUCAACUCCGUGGUGGGAAAAUUUUUGGUGCAUUUUGAUUUUGUAGUAGUAGAGACGUGAAGCUGUGUUGUUGUAGAGUACGGUAAUAAAUUUGUAUUGCAUAGAAGCAGCACGACUCCACCACGACUGCGAAGCCGUGUUUUUCCCCGCAAGGUUCCGGUUGGUUGCUCCCGGGUCUCGGCGAAGCCGAGAUCGAGAUUGGCCGGAACAACGCGUACAGCAGGUCUACUUCCGGACUAACAACUGGUUUGAAAUUUGAUUGGCAACAGUUUUUGGUGGAGGCGGUGGAAGUUCCAGUAGGGUUAGUUCCGGUGAACCACGACGGUGCCGGAAAUAAAACAGAGUUUGACGAUCUCUGGUCACGAGCAGAACAACUCUCGUUCCCCGCGACAAUGGUUUUCGGUGUGGAUUUCCGCGAGAGUCGGCCGGGACCUCACCCGGUACGAAGCAGAAGAAAAGCGCACGAGGACCCGUAGUAAGUUUUACCGUCAUGACGGUAGAGCAGGUUCAAUUCUUUCUGGAGAAGUAAAUUUGUUCCCUGUAGUACACUCGUGUACCGCGGUUGUUCCGUAUCCGUCGAAUUCGAAAGUACAGCUCCUACCUUUCUCGCUCCAACGAAUCUGUCUCCUUGGGGAAAAAUGACGCAUCAUGACCACGGUACUAGUACUUGCGUGAUGGGUGUGCGUCUGGUGCCUUUUCUGGUAGGAUAACUGCCCCCGGACGAGGAUGAAGAUUCCAACCCCACUCGUUUUCGCGUAGUAUCAUACAACGUCGGUGGAAGCAAUGACGAUUGGGGCCUCCGCCGGGCCGGCAUGCCGUCUGCGCUGUUUCGCAGCUCGCUCGCGGACCCGGAAGCAGAGCAGAACGGGCUAGACCUGCAGGUGUUGCACUUGCAGGAGAGCAAGGCCAAGGUGGUCGAAGCCCGAGAGGACAGCGGCGACACGACGGGCAGCGGCCCGGACACCCAGCAGAUGUAUUUCUGGCACCUGGCGGAGAUUCUGGGGCAGGCGCGCCGGCCGCAGAAUUCCCUGAUGCGCGUGCAGAGUACGACCGGCGCGGCGAUACGAUGGGACAACGAUGUGCAGUCCCUGGCGAUUUUGCCCGAGUGGGACGAGAGUGGUGAAGCCUCCAGCUCCCCACGGCCGUGGGGGCAAAUCGCGUGGGCUGGGGAGGGAGUGUACCGGCAACGCACACGCGGCGAGGCUUGUGAAAAACCGACACCGAAUUACAAGGAUUGCAAUUAUCGGCCCAUGCUCGUGCAAAUGUUCCGCACGGAAGACGGGGUUUUGUUUGUGUGUGGGAAUGUUCAUAUGGACUCUAAGAGUGUGGCCGAUGGUGGAGAAACGAACCGGGGUGCAGAAUUGGAGCUGGCGAUGGCAGGACUUCUGGACGCCGCGAAUAAAAAAGCCACCACGUCGGGAACAAGCAUUAAUCCGGAGCACUUCAACCUCGUUCUGACCGGAGAUAUGAACGGGCCGCCAACGGAAGAAUGGUACCGGCGCGCACAGCACUGGGGCUUUCGCGACGCGUUCGCGAACUUCGACGGUCCUGCGGGACGAGACACCUAUCCGGCCGCUCUUCCGAACGGAACGACGCAACACAACGAAGCGGCGUUUCGCCGAAUUGAUUUCAUCUUGCACAAAGGUACAGCUUGAAGACUCAAGAGCAGAUCUGUCGUAUCUAUAGUUUUUUUUCGAACAAUUGUGGUUUCAUUAAAUACACUUGGAUUUGCACCAAAACUACCUGCGCAAAGUGUCACUGUACAGAGCAUUUUUGUUCUCAACUUUGCUACCUUUGUAACUUUCACCUCAGGUCCAAACCUGCGGCCGCUACCUGACACACGGCACCGAGUGGGCACAGAAGAGUUGCGGAACAAGCGCGGCUAGGGAAUGUAAAAGUAGAGGCAAAUGAUAAAGCAAAAGCACGCGGCAACCACGACACGACAUAAGUUUUGACAUGCUUGUUGACAUACGAAGAAAUGAGAAUGUCACUGCCAGGAGUGUCAAACUGCAAUACGUCUGUCGUGCGUGUCCUCGUUGUGUGCUUACAGAUGCUGAGAUCCCAAACUUUUGCAAAGGAUACUGCUCCGGGCCAUUUCCCGUCAGACCACUUCGAGCUGGAGAUGCAAUUUAACGUGGUUUCGAAUGCUACUCUGUGCGAACCUGUUUACCUCCAUCACCAGACGCGAACUGCCCCUAUCUAUGGCUGUGAUUUCCUUUCAGAAUACAACCACUCAAUCAGGCAUGGUAAGUCAAUGAAUAAUGAAGAGUCUCCUAAUAUUCAGCUCAGAAGCAUUUGUAUUUCAGUGCGCAUAAAGAUUCGAAGUCGACGGUAAAAAGUUUCUCACUGAUAGUGUCCGCCGUCGUGAGCGAGGGCGAGUCGCCGAGUGCCGGGACCACUUCCUGGAAUAAAUGGAGCACAGUCUUGAUACGGAACAGCGCUGAUGAGUUCCUGUACGCGCGUGGCAAGCCAGACUGGAACAAUUUCAGCGUAUGAUUGUGUAAAGAACUACACGCAAAAAGCAGCAUGAUAUCAUCGUCCCACUUGUUGUUUUCAUGUGGAAAAUGCAAUGAAUUGCAUGAUCGGAAAUAUCGUGAACUAAACACGCUACAUGCUUUUGCGGGCGGCUACCCGUGACAGCUUUCUCCGUAUUUUUCGCGCCGUGCUCUUUGCAUCUCAAGAUAGAAACAAGUGCGUAUGACUUGAUAAAAAUUCUCUCUAGCGAUUUUCUCCUGAUAAAGCAUGGACGGAGACAAUCGCGGGCGCGAAGUGAUGACGUAUGCGCACGAUACUGACGCGACGCCUUGUGCCUUGGCAAAGUGGACGGUGGUGCCGGUGGGAGAGGAGGAAUGGCCUAUCCAUUGCAAAAUUCAUCGUACUCGUACUGUCAGUUGCAGUACCUUCUAUUGAAUGGCAUCAAGCAAGCUUAACCUUAAUCAGAAUUAGAUUGACAAAUUCCAGUUGUCUUUCCGAGAAAAUUUCUGAUGGAAAAAUAGCAACUAGUACAACUAUAAUGGUUUUGCAAUGCAUAUGGCAGGACCUGUAUCAACUCGUCACCUACGACCCGGAAAACAAACUGAAUCGGUUGGUCAUGUGCGGCCUGCGCGAAAAAACACCGAAUGAAAAGCGGCGCGUUAUUGCUGCCGUUGCGACGCCAGACGUAGAAAAGCACAAGGAUGCAGGGAUUUUUUGCAACUGGCAGUUGCCGGUGGGGAUGGAUGCAGGGGGUGCAAUGCGAUUGGUCAUACCGGCCCAGACGAGCGGGGAAAGCCCCACGCGCGAGGAAGCCUUUGGCUUGGAGGCUUUGGUUGAUGUAUCUACGGUAAACUACACGCGAUCCUCUCGCGGCCAUAACCUGGAAAAAUGCAGAUGAUUCUGUAUAAGUAUAACUUCCAGAAGAUCUCUACUUCAGUACAAUACAACAUGAUCUUUGGCAUGAUUUCGUUUUUGCGAGGAGCUGCUUUGCUUCAGUUGCAGUAUGACAGAAGAAAAACGCACAUGCAGCUGUCACAGGUCGUACUUUUUAGUCCUUUUGUCGAUGCAUUUGCUUUAUUCCAGAAGUUUCUUUCUUUUGCACACGUGACCGAUACAAAACGACGCCGGCCCGCCUACACUUCACUUCCCGGGGAAAUCGAUGAAGCCGAUGCGGAUCACAAGAAGUGGCGGCUUGAAGUGCUGUAAGCGCAAGACGAGACGAUUGUAGGACGACCGGCGCCAUUUGCAGCUGUCGAAAGCUAUUCCUGGUCUGUUGCGUUGAGAAGAACUCGAAUAAAAGCGUAUCAAUUUAUUCGAAUAAAUUCCUUUGUAACUGGUGUACCAGGUCCAAACAGAUAUAGAAAAAGUGCGGCAGUCUGCUGGUGGACCGCGACAAGCUUAGUUGUUGGAUCAGCAAUACAGAAAGUAUGGAACCACUGAUCGGCAAUAGACUAUGAUUGUGUAGAAAAGCAGGAU